UCAAUCAGUAUGCCCAUUGAUCAUUAAAAUGGCAAAACUGCAGAAACAGUAUUUUUAUCUCUUAUCAAUGAAUGAGUCGUUGUUAUCGCCUAUCGGUUGGAAACCGGUUUGCAUUGUAGCAUUGUGCGGUUCAGCUGUUGAUUAUGAAAUUAUUUAGGAUUCUGUGUAAAAAUGUACGUCCUUUCAAAGAAAUACCUUCUCCCAAAGCAUAUCCUUUCAUCGGGCAUUCGUAUUUAUUCUUUGAAAAAGGACCUUACGAUAAGGAUAAACUCACCGAGGCAGCUCAAGAUUUGAGUUUGAAAUUAGGUCCGGUGUUCUAUCUGAAAUUUCCCGGUCAAAGUUUCGUUAUCACGACAGAUAGUGAAAAUGCUUCGAAAAUAUUUCAGUUCGAAGGAAAAUAUCCGGAUCGUGUCACAUUACCUGCGUUAUCUCUGUAUCAUCAGAGAACUUUCGGAGCUGUAGGCGUUGUUCCUGGAAAUGGACCCAAUUGGUACAAACUUCGUAAAGCUUUGGCUCCAUUGUUAUCCAAGUCAUAUUUAUCCAAUUACAUAGAUGCGAAUAAUCAUGUGGCUGAUAAAUUCGUCGCCUAUAUUAGAAACCGAAGAGAUGAGAACUGCAUCUUGACUAAUCUUUGCUCUCAUAUGUAUCGGUACUCAAUCGAAUGUAUGUCUAUUGUAUGCCCUGGAAGACAAUUAUCCGAUGAAGAGAACUUGAAAAAAAUUAUUCGAGGGAGCUGUACAUUUAUGGAUGGGUUAUUCACUACGUAUUCUGAACCUCCGGUGUGGAAAUGUUUCAAAACCAAAGGAUAUCGAGAAUUGGAACGGGGGCAUAAUUUGAUCAACGAAUUCAUGUACAAGGAGAUGAAUAAACCUGUAAAUGAGUGGAACGAUUCAUUUAUGAAAAUAUUAUUCCAAGAUUCCAAUCUGUCAUUGAACGAAGCUCGUGUGUUAGCUACAGAAGUAUUUCUUUCAGGGAUUGAUUCUAUUUCAACUGCGAUCACGAUGACCCUGUAUUACCUAUCACACAACGAAAAAUGUCAAAAUGCUGCCUUGAACGAUAUAAAUAAUAAUUCGACAUCGUAUCUAAGAGCUUGCUUUAAAGAAACAUUGAGAUUAUCGUCUACCGCCGGUGGAACUACUCGAGCUCUUCCAGUGGAUGUAGUCAUGAAUGGUUACCUUAUUCCUGCCCAUACGUACAUAACAGCCUUUCACUCUGCCAUGUCAGUAUCUGAAGAAUACUUUGAAGAUAGUCAAAUUUUUAAACCAGAGCGUUGGUUACACUCGGAGAAAGUUGCAAAGAAAAACCAAUACAGCAAUUUCGCAUCGUUACCUUUUGGAUUUGGAGCUCGAAUGUGUCCUGGACGAUGGUUAUCGGAGCAAGAAAGCGUAAUAUUAUUAAAAGCUAUUCUGAAAACUUUCAAGUUGGAACCGAUCACUCCACCGAAUGUGGGCAUGAUAUAUCGAAUGAAUCGCAUACCAGAACGUUCGAUAGAUAUAAAAUUUGUAAAUAGAAGAUAGGUAGGGUAACAAUAAUUUAUUAAAUACGUUUUUUCGAUA